AUGGGUCUCUCCAUCUCAAAGCUGUUCGACCGUCUGUGGGGAAAGAAGGAGAUGAGAAUUCUGAUGGUCGGCUUGGACGCUGCCGGAAAGACUACGAUUCUCUACAAGCUCAAGCUGGGUGAAAUCGUCACAACCAUCCCCACCAUCGGCUUCAACGUCGAGACGGUCGAGUACAAGAACAUCUCUUUCACCGUGUGGGAUGUCGGUGGACAGGACAAGAUUCGACCUCUGUGGAGGCACUACUUCCAGAACACCCAGGGUAUCAUCUUCGUCGUCGACUCUAACGAUCGCGAUCGUAUCGUUGAGGCCCGGGAGGAGCUGCAGCGCAUGUUGAACGAGGAUGAGCUGCGCGAUGCCAACCUCCUGGUCUUCGCCAACAAGCAGGAUUUGCCCAACGCAAUGAACGCCGCAGAGAUCACAGACAAGCUUGGCCUCCACAGUUUGCGACAGCGUGCCUGGUACAUCCAAUCCACUUGCGCUACUUCCGGUGAUGGUCUUUACGAAGGUCUCGAGUGGCUUGCCACAUCCCUCCGCAAGGCUGGCAGCGCCUAA